CGCCGCCUUUUCCAUCCCAACACCAUCUUUAUCGAACUGGUGACGCCCUCUCGUCCAUCCGACUUCUGCUGACGCCGACUCCCCCUUCUUGGUCCUCCUCGACGAAUACCGAUAUAUAUACGAUCCUGACAGUUACUCGACUGUUCCUAGCUCCGACCAGCAGAGUUAUCGAUCCCCGUCUCCCCUCCAUGCCAUACACGCCGUCCUGGGAGUAGAAGAGACUGCGGAAACCGACUGCAGACGAGCGGCGCCAACGACAAUCGGGCAACCUCCGAUUCCCACCCAAUGUCUGCCACAAUGCUUACAACCGGGAUCGACAAUGACACCCGAGGGUGGAUUAUGACCGCCGUGAGCGGCUUGGCAUGCAUGCUUGGAUCAACCAUCAUUUGCAUCGAUGUCCCCAUCCGCUUUUUCAACAUCAAGAGCAAGUUUAGUAUACAGGAGAGCAAUGUCUUCAUAUCAGGCUCGUUGAGUCUGAGUUUCGGGGUUAUGAUGUUUUCGGCCUUGUUUAGCCUGCUUCCAUCUGCUUUGCGAUACCUCACUAAGGACGGGCGGGACGAGAAGACCGCAGGCCUCAUCAACAUGGGCUGUUACAUCGCUGGCUUUUUCGGCAUUCAGGUCGUCUCCCGAGUCCUCCAUCGAUUUAUACCCUCCCACGUUGUUGGGUGCGACCAUUCUCAUUCCCAUAACCCACACGCAAAUGCGCAUGAUCAUCAUCACCAGCCGCCUUGGGCGAGCCGCACCCAUGGACAGUCAGUCAGGACGCUAUCCUCGGAAUCUCCAGAAACACCAACCAUGGUCGAAGCGAAUGGACAUGCGACCGAAUCAACUCCCCUCCUCCCAACCGAAACCGAUCACGAGGCGCAGCCGAAUUCUCCAGUCAGGCCUAAUCCUCUUGGUCAUUCUCAUGCCAUUGGAAGGCAGGCCCGCAGCACUACUGGCAUCCAAAGCAGACGGCCAUCCGUACGGCAGAUGACGAGCAGAGUACUAUCAUUUGUUAAGGACACCAAGGUUCACUGCGAUGGCGAUGGCCCAUGUUUCGGAUAUACGGAUCCUUGUGGGCAGGAGUGCUUCAGACACAUUGGUACACGCUCUAACCAGCCUGGACGUUUCGCCACCUUCCCAGUUAUACGCUCCGGAGGCUCCGUGGGUACGGGCGAGGUACCGGAAUCUCUCAACGGUCCCAUAUACCAAGUACGGAGUCGAACAAUUUCCAGAGACUCGUCUGUCGGUUACGCAGAUCAUGCCGACUACGAUGGACACCACGAUCAUCACGAAGAUGACCAUGAUGACACUUGUUGUUCAGCGGUAGAGGAAGAUAUCGAGGCUCAACACCACCAUCAUGUACCGACGAACGCCUUCCUCUCCAUUGGCCUGCAGACCGUCAUAGCCAUUGCGCUGCACAAGUUCCCCGAGGGCUUCAUUACCUACGCCACCAACCAUGUGAACCCUUCACUCGGACUCAAUGUCUUUAUGGCCCUGUUCGUUCACAACAUUGCCGAGGGAUUCUCCAUGGCCCUGCCGCUGUACAUGGCCCUGAACAGCCGGUUCAAGGCCAUUGCCUGGGCCACACUGCUAGGUGGUCUCAGUCAGCCAGUGGGCGCCGGAGUUGCAGUGCUCUGGUUUAAGGUUGCCAAGCACAGCAACAUCACCAUCAACGGCACGGCGUACGGAUGCCUGUUCGCUGUCACCGCGGGUAUCAUGACCAGCGUGGCGCUGCAGCUGUUUUCGGAGAGCUUGAGUUUGACCCAUAACCGUAAUAUGAGCAUAUUCUUUGCUUUCCUGGGCAUGACCAUGCUUGGGGUUUGCGACGCCAUCGCCGACGAGUAGAACCGCAACUCCCCUUUUUUGAAUACGUUUAUAGACGGAAGACUACAUGACUACUAGAACGAAUUUUGAAGUGGUCUUUGUCUAAUUGGCGUUCUUGACUUGGAUCAGGGGACAUCAUCGCAUGAAG